AAAGCAAGAAAAGAGAAGAAAGAAAACAAAGAGUCCAUUUUUUCCCUUCUCUUUCUCUGUUAUCUCCCCUCCCAAACGCGGAAUUAUCAAUCUUUCCCUUUGAAAAACCGCCCUCUCCUCUUUGUAAAGAACAAAUCCUGACAUUCGAACAAAUCCUGUGUGGAGGAAAGAAAAUAUUUUGUGCUGCUUCAUAUUCUCUUCUUUCUUUAAAUAAAAGAGGGACUAGUAGUUUUCUUCAUGGCCACCGCUGCUAUAUUUUCUUCUCUAAGGCGGCGAAGAUCGCCGUCUUUAGAAGCUUUCUUGGCGCCGGUUGAUUUAACCGAUGUGGCUCUUGUACAGACUCUUGUAUCAGUAUCAACAGAGCUUGUGUCUUGUUUCUCAGGGAAGUCACUCUUCUUUCAAAGAAAGAAUUCUCGUUCCUUAAUCCGUAAAAUUGAAGUCUUUGUUGUUUUAUUGGAGUAUUUGAGGGACUCGGGGGCUGGUUCUGCUUUAUCCCCCCCCACAAUUGUUUGUUUUAAAGAACUUUAUUUGUUGCUCUACCGCUCAAAGAUAUUGCUUGAUUGUUGUGUGCAAUCCAGUAAAUUAUGGUUGUUGCUUCAAAACCAUACAAUUUCGGGACAUUUUCAUGAUUUGAAUCAGGAAAUAUCUACCCUUUUGGAUGUAUUUCCGUUAGAUGAUGUUGAAUUGAGUGAAGAUGUUAGGGAACAGAUUGAUCUCAUGCAUAAACAAUCAAGGAAGGCGACUUUAUUUAUUGACAAGGAUGAGGAGGAUUUGAGGGUUAGUUUCUUUUCGUUUCUUGAUGAGUUUGAGAAAGGGAAGAUUCCUAACAUGGUGGAUUUGAGGUUGUUUUUUGUGGAAGGUUUGGGGAUUAAAGAUGCUAAGAGUUCUAGGGCGGAGAUUGAGUUCUUGGAGGAGCAAAUUGUCAAUCACGAGGGAGAUAUUGAGCCCACAGCUUCGGUGCUUAAUGGGUUCGUUGCAAUUGCUCGCUAUUGUAGGUUUUUGCUUUACGGGUUUGAGGAAAAUGAGGUGGAGUUGCAAAUUGGGAAUCAGAAGAAGCUGAGAAAAGGGUUGAUUAGCCAAGAGAUUGCAGAGACUUUUAUUACAAUCCCAAAGGAUUUUUGCUGUCCAAUAUCGUUGGAUUUGAUGCGAGAUCCAGUGAUUAUUUCAACAGGGCAGACAUAUGAUCGGAGUCUGAUCUCUAGGUGGAUGGAGGAAGGGCACUGUACUUGCCCCAAGACUGGGCAGAUGCUCAUGAACACCCGCCUUGUUCCAAAUCGGGCUUUGAGGAAUCUGAUCGUGCAAUGGUGUACUGCUCAUGGAAUCCCUUAUGACCCUCCAGAAAAUACAGAUUCAUUAGUAGAGGCUUUUGCAGCAGCUAUGCCUUCCAAAGCUGCAAUUGAAGCCAACAGAGCAACAGCAACACUUCUUAUUCAUAAGCUAGCAAGCGGUUCGCAACAUGCAAAGACCGUAGCUGCUCGUGGGAUACGUUUGUUGGCGAAAACAGGAAGAGAAAACCGCGCUUUCAUUGCAGAAGCUGGUGCAAUCCCCCACCUUCGUAAUCUGCUGUCUUCUACAAACUCUGUCGCACAAGAGAAUUCUGUUACAGCAAUACUCAAUUUAUCCAUCCAUGAUAAGAAUAAAAGCCAAAUUAUGGAUGAAAAGGGGUGUCUGGGAUCGAUUGUUGGAGUAUUGAGAUUUGGACUCACAACAGAGGCAAGAGAAAACGCAGCAGCGACAUUAUUUAGCCUGUCAGCAGUUCAUGACUACAAGAAGAGAAUAGCAGAUGAGGAAGGGGCUGUUGAAGCCUUGGCUGGUCUGUUGAGAGCAGGAACACCACGAGGGAAGAAGGAUGCUGUCACAGCUUUAUUUAAUCUGUCAACUCAUACAGAGAACUGUUUGAGAAUGAUAGAAGCAGGUGCAGUUACUGCACUAGUCGGGGCUUUGGGAAAUGAAGGGGUUGCAGAGGAAGCAGCUGGUGCACUGGCUUUGAUUGUGAGGCAGCCAAUUGGGGCUAAGGCUGUAGGGGGAGAAGAAAUGGCUGUGGCUGGGUUAAUAGGAAUGAUGCGUUGUGGAACACCAAGAGGAAAAGAAAAUGCUGUUGCAGCACUGCUUGAGUUAUGCCGGAGUGGUGGAACAGUUGCCACUGAGAAAGUGCUCAAGGCACCUGCAUUGUGGGGUUUACUUCAGAGUCUACUGUUCACAGGCACAAAGCGAGCAAGAAGGAAGGCAGCAUCACUUGCCCGAGUGUUUCAGAGGUGUGAGAAUUAUUCCUUGCAUUUUGGUGGAUUAGGUGCUGGAUAUGCAUUUGCUGGAAACUCUGCUCCGAAUAGGGAUUCAAGUUUUGUCAACGAAGUGUCAGUGCCCGUGUCCAUAUCAGUGCCUGUUCUAUAGUGGUAAAAUUCCAUACUUUUCGUUGUCUGCCCUGCUUAUAAAUGUUCCUCUUUUUGUUCGCAACAUUUAAGAAUUCUUUCAUUGAAAUUUUAGAUGAUAAAGAGAAGAAGUUACAGAAA